CCUGAAUCAAAAAGAAGUUGCAGAUGAUCCCUUCAAAUCUCAUGUUGACCACAUCAUCGAUUCUAUCCAUGAAUUUAACUUCGAUGCUUCAGCUGGUAUUACUUUUGAAACCUGGUUCAACAAAUAUGAAGAUUUGUUCAAGGUCGACCUCAAAAAACUUGAUGACGCCUCUAAGGUCAGAAUACUCUCACGAAAACUUGGAACUCUUGAACAUGAACGUUACAGUAACUUUAUCCUUCCAAAGAAUCCAAGAGAUUUUUCUUUUGAUGCAACGAUCGAAACUUUGUCGCAAAUAUUCGCUGAAUAGUCAUCUUUGUUUAAUAUUCGUUAUUAAUGUCUAAAGAUAACAAAAGCAGUUGACGAUGACUGGGUGAAGCAUGCGGGGUUAGUAAACCGUGAAUGUGAGCGCUUCAAACUAUCAGCACUGACAGCAGAUCAGUUUAAGUGUCUAGUGUUCGUGUGCAGCCUCCAAUCUCCUGAGGAUGCCGAUAUUAGAACCAAAAUUUUGAGUAAAAUUGAACAAUAUCCAAACAACACUACAAGAAGUAACCACAGAGUGCCAGAGAUUGGUAAACUUAAAACACGACACUUCCAUGGUCGAAAAUAAUGGCCAGUUGUCAUACGUUCAUGCUGUAAGUGGAAAGAAAGAUACCGGCUCAAGAAAAUCAUCACACACAGACAAUCAGCCAUCAUCUCCAUGUUGGUCGUGUGGAGGUUGGCACUAUAAAAGGUUCUGCCCAUAUAGAGAACAUUAUUGCAGUAAAUGUCACCGAAAUGGCCAUAAAGAAAACAGAUGCAGAAAAAUAACCCAUAAACGACAUUCUUCGAAGCCCUAUCUCAAGAAAUACAGACAUAAUGCACUAACUAACAAAGUAUUGGUAUCACAUAAUCGAGCACGAAUUUGCCGCCGACGAAAGUAUGUGAACGUAGAUAUAAAUAAAAAGCGUGCCCGCCUGCAGCUCGAUACUGCUUCCGACAUCACACUUAUCAGUCGAAGAACCUGGAAACUUAUCGGAAAACCACAGGUGCUACCGACAACCCAGUUAGCUCAUAGCGCUUCUGGAGGAAAGUUGAACAUUGUUGGAGAGGUUUGUUGCACAGUUUCAAAAGGAAACGCGAAGACAAAGGCAACACUAUAUCUCACAGAGAACCCAGGACUAGAUUUGCUGGGUCUAGACCUAUUAGAAACACUACAAUUAACAAAUAACUCCAUUAACCACAUAUGCAGCGCCGUAAGAACCAGUAAACCAGUUGAGAAGGAUCUGAAGAAUGUUGUGUUAGAAAGACAUAGUCAAGUAUUUACAGAAGAAUUGGGGGAGUGCAAAAGGGCAAAAGCAGUACUAAUUCUUAAACCGGGAGUUACCCCAGUCUUCAGACCAAAACGUCCUGUACCUUAUGCAGCGUUACCUAUUGUUGAGCAAGAACUAGAGCGUCUGCAAAGUAGUGGAAUAAUAGAACCAGUGAACUUUUCCGAUUGGGCAGCACCAAUAGUGAUUGUCAAAAAGUCAAAUGGAAGUAUCCGGCUAUGCGCAGAUUAUUCGACUGGAUUAAACGAAGCGCUUGAAGUCCAUCAAUACCCUUUGCCGGUACCAGAAGAUUUAUUUGCGAAACUGAAUGGGGGUAAGUAUUUUGCAAAAUUAGACCUGUCAGAAGCUUAUCUACAGAUUCCAGUAGCGGAAGAAUGUAGGCAUUACCUGACAAUAAACACUCAUAAAGGAUUGUUCCAAUAUAACAGACUUCCUUUUGGAGUAAAAACCGCCCCUUCAAUCUUCCAACAAGUUAUGGAUACUAUGUUGCAAGAUAUUCCUGGUACUGCGGCCUAUCUCGAUGACUUAUUGAUCAUGGGCACAGACUAUGCUGACUUAGAGAGUAAGGUGGACAUGGUGCUUAGACGCAUAGCAGAUUAUGGGUUCAGGUUGCGUGCUGAAAAAUGUGACUUUUACAUGGAGCAAGUCCGUUAUUUUGGAUUCAUAAUCAAUAAAAACGGGAGAAAACCUGAUCCUGAAAACGUUGAAGCCGUCAAGUCCAUGCCCCCACCAACAGAUGUAUCAACUUUACGUUCUUUCUUGGGAAUGGUUAGUCAUUAUGGCGUCUUUCUUCCAGAUCUGCAUCGCCUUCGUGCUCCACUUAAUUGCUUACUGAAAAAGGAUACCAAAUGGUUCUGGUCAACCGAAUGUCAAGAAGCAUUCCUAAAACUAAAGCAGCUCCUAUCAUCAGACCUUCUACUUACACAUUAUGACCCAGAUCUUCCAAUUAUAGUCGCGGCAGAUGCGUCAAAUUAUGGAAUCGGAGCUGUAAUUUCACAUACCUAUCCUGACGGGUCUGAGAAGGCAAUCGCCCACGCAGCAAGAUCGCUGACUAUGACUGAAAGAAACUACAAUCAGAUUGAGAAAAAAGCUCUCUCCAUCAUAUUCGCUGUAAAAAAGUUCCACAAGAUGCUGUUUGGCAGAGAGUUCACCUUACUGACAGACCAUAAACCGCUACUGACAGUUUUCGGAUCUAAAAAAGGUAUCCCGGUAUAUACAGCAAACCGUUUACAGAGAUGGGCAACUACGCUACUGGGUUAUGAUUUCAAGAUAAAGUACCAACCAACAACCGACUUCGGACAGGCAGAUGCCCUCUCAAGGUUGAUGGAUUCGCAUGCAAAGCAAGAAGAGGACGUGCUUGUAGCUGCCAUAGAAGUCGAGGCUGAAAUUCACAAAGUAUUAACAGACGCAGUUUCCGGACUCCCGGUAACAUUCGAAGCCAUUAAAGAAGCUAGCAAGAAGGAUAAUACAUUGAAGAUUGUUCACCUCUGCAUACUCAACAAGUGGCCUUCAUCUAGACUACGUGGCGAGCUCUUACAAUAUUUUCGUCGACGAGAUUCCUUAACAGUUGUCAACUCGUGCAUCAUGUUUGGCCACCGUAUCGUUAUCCCUAGAAGUCUUCGGCACCAAGCCAUUAAGCAGUUUCACAGCGGGCACCCGGGGAUAAGUAAAAUGAAAUCACUAGCUCGCAGCUAUGCAUACUGGCCGACAAUGGACCGUGAUAUAGAACAAAAAUGUCGCAGUUGUUGGUCCUGUCUAGAAGCUGCGAAGAAUCCAACAAAAGCUGAACCACAACCAUGGCCGAAACCGGACGGGCCUUAGCAAAGAAUACACGCCGAUUUUGCCGGACCAAUACAAGGCAGAAAUUACUUAGUUGUUGUCGACGCUUUUACAAAAUGGCCAGAAGUAUAUGAUAUGCCGAAAACGACAUCAGACAGUACAAUAAGAAGAUUGUCAGGAUUGUUUGUUUGUUUUGGGGUUCCAGAGAUUUUAGUGACCGAUAACGGCACUCAGUUUAUGUCAUCAGCUUUCAAACGCUUUUGCAGUGAAAAUGGCAUAUCGCAUCUACAAUCUCCUCCGUACCAUCCUCAGUCGAAUGGCCAAGCAGAAAGAUUCGUGGAUACGAUAAAAAGAGCUCUGGUAAAGGGGAGAGGUGAGGGUAUCCCAGAACAAGUGAUCAGUAAGUUCCUAAUGUCUUACAGAGUUACCCCCAAUCCGGCAGUACCAGAAGGAAAGUCACCAGCCGAGUGUAUGUUCGGAAGAAAAAUUCGCAGUCUUCAACAGUAUGUUGCCACCUAGAAAGACAAUAAAACCGAUGAAUGAGUAUCGUACGAUCACUCGUAGCUUCCAGGUGGGUGAAAGGGUACUUGUCAAAGCCUAUCAAGGUAAUAAGAGAUGGGAACCAGGUGUCAUAGAACGUCGAAUCGGAAAUGUAUUGUACCUAGUUCGGAAGGGCAUCGGAAAAUGCAUAAGACACAUAAAUCAAAUGCAAAGAGACAGCAGUACACUGGUCCCAGGAAGCCGGCUCCCAUUUCAAUUGCUCGUGGAUUCAUUUCAGAAAAGCCAUCAUGAGCACAAACAUAGAAGAGGCAAACGACGCAAGGGAAAAGUUGUACAAACCCCGACAGUGAUGGACAGUAAGAGGAAUGCGAUCACAAAAUUCCAGGUGGAUCCGAGAAAGAAGUCUUACACAACGGACUUUAAAGGAGGGAGGUGUGACGACGGACCACGGGUGAACUCGAGGAAGCUAUAAGAGGCUCAGAAGGAGCCGAAGAUAUUCCAUCCAAUCACCGUUAGUAAAGAUAUUCUAGAAUCCCUACGUGUAGCUUCCCGAUUGAACAAGGCUAAUAACCCCCUGUGUGCGGAUUGGAGGACUAUAAUGAUGAUUUUUGUUCUUACUAAAACUAUAAAUACCUGACAAUUUGUACCCAUAAUUGACACUGUUCAGAAUAACAUUCCUUUCACUAGUCUUCUGUCUUCUCUUUGCGACUUGGAAGGGUUUGGGCGUUCGUGUGUUCAGUUGUACGCGUUAUAUCAAGUAAAUCAACUAUUUCUAGAUAUAACACCAAUUAACUCUGUAAUUUGAGCUAAAUACAAUUUAGUUGUCCUCACCAGUGUUCUGUUCACUACAGUAUGUGUUGCCAAUCGAAAGUGGAAUGUCUGGAGACACAAGGCUGAGAAGAUCGAAGAGAAGAGAACGAGAACAAACGAUGGUUGGUACAAAAAUGAAGGAACAAUAAAAUCUGAGACAAUUGAUGGACAUUUUGCAAAUGAAGUACUUACUGUAUGGUUUUCAGAAUUUACUAAGAGAUCCUGUAAUUACCUAUCCGAAUACGUUUGGUUGUCCCCACUUGUAUUCUCGUACUCUACACGAUUAUCAGGUUAAAGUAAUUCUUACAAAUAAGCCAACUAAUUAACUGAAUUGAAUAUUUCUAUAUUCAGAGAUUAAUUUAGAAAAGAAUUUAUUAUUUACUCAUCAUUAUGUAUCUGCACUAAUGUUGUUUAGGUUUUACAACCAAUAAUAAAAUAAGUACCAAUUAUUUAGUAAUAAAUUAAUUAACAAUUUUUAUGGAUUUUAAGUUAUCCAUAUAAGUGAUUACUGCGAAUACGAUUGAAGAAGUACGAUAAUUAAGUUUAAAGGUUGUCUAUAGUACAAAUAUUUAAAUAAGAUACUUUGUAGUUCAGAAAUUAUCUAAUAAAAAACGAAAAUCCCAGUUCUAAAUAAAAAGAAUAGGUCUUCGGUAAAUGUUUUUGUUCUUUUGAGUAUAUAUAUAUAUAUAUAUA